UAUACGUGGCUAUUAUAUUCUUCAUUUCCAUCUUUGAUAUAUUAAUUAUAAGCAGUAAACUUAUAAAAAAGAUAAUACAUAUACUAAUUGUUGGUGUUAAUUGAUUAGCAACAUUAUGACUGGACAUCAUCACAACAACGAAGUACACAAAGAUCUGAAGAAGGAAAUGAAGCAUCACAAACACCUUCAACAUCUUGGGAAAGCUGCUACUGUUGCUGCUACUGCUUAUGCAUUGCAUGAGAAGCAUGAGGUGAAAAAGGACCCGGAGCAUGCCCACAAACAUAAGGUAAAAGAAGGGAUAGCAGCGGCAGUUGCAGUUGGGGCUGCUGGAUUCACAUUUCAUGAACAUCAUAAGAAGAAUGAAGCCAAGCAUCAACUCAAACAACACAAAAAACAUCAUCAUCAUCACUAAUUUAUUUUUUAUUUUUUAACUCAAUUUUUAUUUGUAAAAUAUAUAUGAUUUAUUUUUUUCUGUUGCGAGUAUAUAAAAUUAUAAAUAAUGUAUAAUAUAUAUCCUUAUUUUUUAGAGUACUAUUUAUAUUAUGAAGUAUUACAUUACACGUUUGUGGAAAGUAUAUA